AUGGCAACAAACGACUCAUCUGGGACACUCCACUUUGAAGCACCACCCAGUCACGCCGGAAAGUAUAUAGAAGAGUCUUAUCUCCUGCCUCCCGUGAGGUGCUCGCCCCCUUGGUCGUGCCUGUUCAUCUGCAUGACCAUUCAUUAUGGCUCUACGAACAUGGACAUUGACUUGAGUAAUGAGGUUGUCAAUGGCUUCGUCAUAUGCUGGUUGAUAACGCACUGGAGUGAGCCAAGCACCAACAGGGUAACUACCAUACCUGGUGAGCCAAUCUCCAACACGGUAACUACCACACCUGGUGAGCCAAUCUCCAACACGGUAACUACCACACCUGGUGAGCCAAUCUCCAACACGGUAACUACCACACCUGGUGAGCCAAUUUCCAACACAGUAACUACCACACCUGGUGAGCCAAUCUCCAACAAGGUAACUACCACACCUGGUGAGCCAAUCUCCAACAAGGUAACUACCACACCUGGUGAGCCAAGCUCCAACAAGGUAACUACCAUACCUGGUGAGCCAAUCUCCAACACAGUAACUACCCCACCUGGUGAGCCAAUCUCCAACAAGGUAACUACCACACCUGGUGAGCCAAUCUCCAACAAGGUAACUACCACACCUGGUGAGCCAAGCUCCAACAAGGUAACUACCACACCUGGUGAGCCAAGCUCCAACAAGGUAACUACCACACCUGGUGAGCCAAUCUCCAACAAGGUAACUACCACACCUGGUGAGCCAAUCUCCAACAAGGUAACUACCACACCUGGUGAGCCAAGCUCCAACAGGGUAACUACCACACCUGGUCAGGAUCCCGACACACAACGCUUGCUGCAGCCGACGCCACCCCCACGAAACACAAGUGACGGUCUUCCGUCACUCUCACCUACUGUAAUUUCAACAUUGUGUCGCAAGGAGUUAAGGGCUGUGUUAUGA